AUGACCGGAAACAAGUAUGAGAUGCAUCUCAUAACGUCUCUCGGGGUGGACCCCAGCAGGAUCAUCUAUGCCAACACCAUCAAGCAGCCCUCCCACCUCAAAUACGCCACUGCCCAUGGGAUCCAGAAGAUGACCUUUGACAACGAGGCAACGAGGCUGGUCCUCCGCAUUGCUGUGGAUGACACACAUUCCCUGUUCUCAAUGAGCAAAAAGUUUGAGGCGAAGCUGGAGAGAUGCCCGGCACUCCUGAAGCGAGCAAAGAAGCUGGGGCUGGACGUCAUUGGGGUCAGCUUCCACGUGGGCGGCUUCUGCAUGACCCCAGUGGCCUACACGAAGGCCAUCACAAAUGCCCGUAAUGUCUUUGACCUGGCGGCAAAGAUUGGCUACAAAAUGACCCUUCUGGACCUUGGUGGAGGAUACCCUGGGUUUAGCCUUCCCAAUUUCAGGCGCCUACACGCUGUCAAUAUCAUCGGUAAGAGGGUGGACAUCGAGAAGUUGGCCGACGAUGGCAAAGAAGACGGGGCCAACAGUAAGACUAUUAGUUACUAUGUGAAUGACGGCAUCCACACACUCGUCAUUUUCCCCUAUGCUUAUAGAAGCAAGCCAGGUGAGCGCUUCUACCCCAGCACCAUCUACGGACAGACCUGUGAUGGGCACGACCAGAUUGUGGAAGAUUACAGCCUGCCAGAGGCACAUGAGGGUGAAUGGAUGUUGUUCCACCACAUGGGAGCCUACACCGUCAGCACCAUGACCGACUUUAAUGGCUUCCCAAAGCCUGAAACUCAAUUUGUGAUGACCCGGAAAGCAUGGUGA